AUGGACCAGCUGGCUUUCCGGGUGGCUUACCUGAUUGCGGGUUUUCUGCAGGAUAACCUGACGGAAGGGGAGCAGGAGGAACUGGAUGAUUGGGUAGGGGAGAAUCUGGAAAACCAGCUCCUUUUUGAGGAAAUGAUUGACCCUGCCAACCUGCAGGCAUGGGCGCAAUGGCAGGAGAAAUUACCGGCUGCGGCUACCCUGCAACGGUUGGAAAAGCGCCUGGAAUUUACCGAUGCGCCCAAGAAUUCACGGUUGCGUUCUUUAUGGCCUUAUAUCGCUGCUGCGGUGAUCAUUGCCGGGGUAUUGCUGCUGGCUGAAUGGUUUUUGCCUGGUAAAAAGGGGGUGGAUAAACCGGGCGUUGCUGCUGUAAAAGAUCUUGCGCCUGGGCGCGACCUGGCCCGGCUGAUACUGGCGGAUGGGACGGAGAUCGCCCUAGACAGUGCCGCCAACGGCCAAUUGGCCGAAGAGGGGAAUGCGGUCAUCAGUAAAAUGGACAGUGGCCUGAUAAGUUACCAGUCGGGCAAAGCGGCCAAUCUGGCUGGUAAAGUUGAAUACAAUACCCUGGCUGUUCCUGCUGGGGGGCAAUAUAAACUGGUUUUGCCGGAUGGUAGCCGGGUGUGGCUGAAUGCGGGUUCUUCCCUGGUCUAUCCUACAGUCUUUAACGGCAGUAAGCGGGUCGUAUCGCUCACGGGGGAAGCUUAUUUUGAAGUGGCCAAAAAUCCGCUCUUGCCAUUUGAAGUGACGGUAGGGAAUGUUUCCGUUGCUGUCCUGGGCACUCAUUUUAAUAUCAAUGGGUAUGGGGAUGAACCCAUCAGCAGGGUGACACUGGAAGAGGGAUCAGUGCGUGUCAAUAACCGGCAGGUAUUGCAGCCGGGCGAGCAGGCACAGGUGGAUCGGGAUGCUGUCAUCAGGGUGGUUAAAGCCGACCUGGAGAAGGAGUUGGCCUGGAAAAACGGCUUGUUUGUUUUUAAGGAAUCGGGUAUCGAAGAAAUGAUGCGGCAGCUGGGACGCUGGUUAUACCUUAACCCUGCAUUGCUUAUUUUUCUGCUUUCCCUGUAUAGCUGCCUCACCAUCCGAUGCAGUAAACUGGUCAGUGUUGAUCCGCCUUCGGCCAGUAUCGUCACGGAGAACGUGUAUACCGAUGAUGCCAAAGCCACAGCUGCACUGGUAAGUAUCUACAGCAGUAUCGCCGCUGCACCUGCUGGUUAUGCGCCUGGCGGUAACCAGAGUUUUACCCUGUUGGCGGGAUUAUCUUCCGAUGAACUGGUUAAUUAUUCCACCGCUGCUGACCGCGCUGAAUUCUACGUUAAUAAUAUUUCAGCGGGCAAUACGACUAACCUGGCCAUCUGGAGAACGACCUAUAAUUUUAUCUACCGCGCUAAUGCUGUACUGGAGGGCUUGCAAAACGCCACCGGCGUUACCGCCGCCACAAAAGCACAGUUAACAGGAGAAGCCAAAUUCCUGCGGGCCUUUUUUCAUUUCUACCUGGUCAAUUGCUGGGGUGAUAUACCCUAUGUCAGCAGCACAGAUUAUCGCCGCAAUGCAGCCCUGGGCAGAACAGACAAAGCCAAUGUAUACCAGCAGAUCAUUGCUGAUUUGCUGGAUGCAGAAAACCUGCUCCCGGAAACCUAUGCCAUGGCAGAAAGGAUUCGUCCUAAUAAAUGGACGGCCCGUGCGCUGCUGGCCAGGAUCUAUUUGUAUACCGCAGACUAUGCAAAGGCGGCAGCCAUGGCGAGCCAGAUCAUCAAUGAGGCUUCAGUAUACGCGCUGGCGGUUGUGCCCAGUUACAAUGCUUCCGAAGGGUAUAAUUUUAUCCUGACCGGAACGCCCUCUAAUACCAGCCUGCAGCCGGGACUGGUCAAUGCUUUUGAUUCAGUUGAUAAAAGAAAACAACUAUGGAUCGGCAUGUACACCAGUGGCAGCAAGACCUAUUAUUAUAACUAUAAAUACAAGGCACGCCUCAGCUCCACCAAUACAGAAUACAGCGUGGUCUUCCGCCUCGCGGAGCAAUACCUGAUCAGGGCAGAAGCAAGGGCACAGCUCAAUGAUCUCAGCGGCGCUGCCCAGGAUGUCAAUUCCCUCCGCAGCCGUGCAGGACUGCCUUCCAUUGCGCCUGCUACCAGGCAGGCAACCCUGGAUGCUAUUGCCAUGGAACGCCGCCUCGAAUUAUUUUGUGAAUGGGGUCAGCGAUGGCUGGACCUGAAAAGAACAGCAGUAUUAGAUAUGGUCCUUGGCAGCAGCAAAGCACCCAACUGGCAGACCACGGAUGCACUUUAUCCCAUUCCAUUGCUGGAGCUGCAGAAUGAUCAGCAGCUCACCCAGAAUCCCGGCUACUAA